GAACCUCUGUCUCAAUGACUAACUUUUCUGUCAUGAUUCAUCUAGACAGAGCUAAGGCUCUUGAGUUGUUAGCUCAGUUGGUGUGUGAUUAAGUUUAUGGCCCCAUUCCUGCAAUGGCAGCUGCAAACAUCUUUUCAUUACUAUUUGAUCAGUAACUUGAGAGCCACAGAUGGGAACCACUAUGGAAACAUGAGCGAUUAUUAUGGAGACCAACAAAACAAGAAUGGACACCUUCAUACAGUACCAGCUUUCUUUAGUUUCUCUUUUUUUCCCAAAACAGCUUUCAACAUUUUCAGUAAGACUCCUUUACUGAAAGCUCAGGCUGACACUGGAAAAUCCUGGUAUCUGCAAACAUUUUUCUGCUUUGUUUUGUUUUCCUAUCGACCUCACCAGAAAAACAGUGGAGAACUUGUGUCAGUUCUGUGACCCUUCAGGAUUGAAAGGUAAUGUGCUUUCCCAGAAGGACCAGGGGACACUUUGGUCUCUGACACGUGAACAGGGCAACUUCUCAGACUCUCCUAGGACUUACUGCCCUUUAGGGGCCACUUCAGCAGCGAUGAACCCUGAACGAUUGCUCCCUGCCAGGGAAACUCUUCAGACCAUUCCCUUCAAGGACUGUGUGCUAGCAGAGGUCAAGUAAAGAGAAUGAUGUAAGAUUAUUUUCGUGGCUAUGGUACUACUUAUACCAGGACCUCUGUACACAACCAUUAACUAAAGCUAACAGCGUUUCGAGAUAAUAACGCAAGAGCCGUGGAACUCGGAGCAGCCCAGAGCACGGAACUGCACCUGGCACGGACCAAUAGUGGCUCCAUCCAGAUCCACCUUCUCCAAGGUCACCUCGCUCACAGCUUCUUGCAGGCCCGCGUCUGAUGACGGCAGGCGCGGCGGCAGGGUUUGUGCUCCGCUGCUCUCCGCCCACUUUUCCCGGCGGAGCUCCCGGGGCGGGGGCCGAGGACCCCGGCUCCACACGGGCCGGGCGCUGGCAGGCUCACCGCCCGCGGGGAUGCGCGCAGCGGCCCGGGGGCGGGAUCGCGCCUCGCUCCCCCCAGAGCUGCGGCCCCAGCCCGGCCCCGCCGCCCGCCUCCCUCCCUGCCCCGCUGUCAGAGCCGCCCGCCCGCGUGGCAGCGGGCACUGCGGGGCGUGCGGCGGCUGCCUGCCGUGGCUGCUUUGGUAUUGGGGGACAACAGCUGCGUCCCACGCGGUGUCCGUCCGUCCGUCCAUCCAUCCAUCCAUCCAUCCAUCCAUCCAUCCAUCCAUCCAUCCAUCCCUGCGUGGGCGGCGGCUCGUGUGUGUGUGUGACUGACAGUGAGGUGCGCACAGCGCGGGGGCAGCCGCUCGCACGCAGCCCGCCGGGGCCACGCCGGCGCGCCCCGGCUGCGGCAGCCACUUCUCCGUCCCCCGGAGCCCUCCCCGGUGGGGACAACCUCAGCGACCUCGCUGUUCGUCCUCCUCCUCCCUCCUGGCGGGACCUUCGCCUUCUGAAACGGGAACUGAAAUUUGGCUCGUCAGCAUCGAGUUGCUGAUGAAAAUCUUGGUCACCUCAGCAUUUGCCAUCUUUUUGUCUCCUUAAGAAAAAAAACAACUUUUGAGAAGUGUUUUGUAUGUGUCAUAAACAUAUUUAUGAAAGUGACUGCUAAAUUAUCCAGAAAUCCUGUCCUUGAGGCUAAAAUCCUGUAAGGAAAUAGAUAAACAUAAUAAUAUAAUUGUAUAAUUAAAGCCUUUACCAUAAUACCUAUUCUUGUCUAAAGGUUGCACAUUAAGUGCAGUACUUAAGUACUGUGAGGAGGCUAGAGUAAAUGUAGUUGCUGACAUUGUGUUGUAAAAUGUACAAACCGAAAUGUUAAUAUAAUUUUUAUUUUUUUUUAAAAAGACUUGAUUUCAAGCACUUUGUUAGAGCUUUAUGAUCAGGAUCAUUACACGUUAGGAACUGAGACUGCCUGUGUAUGGACGGACGAGAACUUGGGCUGUAGUUGGGAGUAUUCUAGUUUCCCAAGCUGCUAGUCAAGGAAGGAAAGACUUGAACUUGUGCAGUUUAUUUUUGUCUGUUUAUUUUCCAUUAAUAACAUUUGAAUCCCUUAGCUAGAAUCAGCCACAAUGAACAAAAAGUUUUGAAAAAUAAUCUGCAAAGGAGCAUAUCACUCCUCAAGAAACCAGCGGCAUGAAUGGCAAUACCUAUUGCAUCAAAGAAUCCGUCCACAAACGACUGCUGUCUGAAACACAAAUUAAUAGAAAUCAUGUUUCUCUGUCUCCUUUUCUUAUGAAUUGAUUUACUUUUAUGUGAGAAGUGAUAGGAACUUUUCUAUGUUUUAGACUGUAACCAUUAAAUCAGAAGACACAGAUCUGGAAAUAUCAGUAAUGUAACACUUAAGCAUUCCUUCAUUCUUUAGAAUGUUAUUGUUAUUAUUUAUGUAUCAUCCAUUUCCAGGCCAAGUCUUUCAGAUUCAGGAGGGAAUACUUUGUCACAUGUCUGUAAAGCAGCCAGCCCUCUACAGUCUCUGGGUAGAUUCUGGCACUGUACUCAUAAGGAACAGUAAGUAAUUCACUGGUAGAGAGAGCAAACACUGUUCUUCCUGAAACAAACUUAGCAGCGUGGGAUCAUUUUUGUGACACUGCAUAAGCUAAGUAGUACUUGAGUUAUGUAUCUGAGUCCAGGAGCAUUUUUAGGAGCAAACAUGGUGACUGCCAGGGCAGCUAGUGGAAGUCACAGUUGCAUUAAUUUAGGUAGCAAUAUCAGUCAUACUUUGCAAGUAUGUCAAAGGAGCCUGUGCCCAGCACCCUCACAGUCACAGUGUCUGUCCUGGGAGCAGGUUGCACUACAGGCUUUGGAAGACCAAGGACCCCUGAGGGGCCCAUGAAGCCUGUUGGAAGGGAGAACAGACACUAAGCCAUGACUCUUGGGCAUGCAAGCAAAGAAAGCUUAGGUACUGAUGCUCAUGGUCAAACUCUUCCAGGCAGGCCCACAAUUACAGGGUAAAAAAUGUUGAAAUUAUGAUGAAAUUUGAUGUAAAAUCUUUGGUAAAAAAAAGCUUCCAGUGCUGAAAUCAAAGUUGUAUACUUGGCAUUACAGCAGUCAGAAGCUGUCUUCCAUAUUCAAACAUUUUUUAUGCCCUAAAGAAAAUUGUAGGCCAUAUGGGACCUCAGACAGUUCCUGUAAAAUACAAAGCAUGUUUACAAUACCCUUUACAGAAAAAUAGUAAAGUUUACAUGCUGUUUUAUAUAAUUUUCGGCAAGUAGCUUUCAAAGAGAGCUGAAAAAUAAAUACAUGAAGAUAGAAUUGAUACCUGGUUUACAUUGCAUACCUCUAUUUCCUCCAUGUUAGGGCAUGGAUAUGCCCUAACAAAAAAGAAUAUAUAUUUAUAUAGAUAUAAAUAUAAAUUUUUAAUUUAUAAAUGUAUACUGUAUAUUGUACACAAUAAAUUCUACACAGUAUAAAAUUUAUAAUUUUAUAUGUGGUAAGGUAUAUCACAUAUAUACAUAUACUUAUAUAUAUAUAUAUACACAAUUUAUAUGUGGCAAGGUAUAUCACACAGACAAUAUUUGCUGUACUACAUAGAACAUGCUGCAUGCUGUAUGUAACAGUGCUACAUACAGUACAAGUUGAUGUAUUCUGUGUUUGUAAAUAAAUUUGUAUUUAUAUUAUACUGCAUAUAUUAACAUUUAUAUAGAUAUAGCAGAUUGUAUUAUCAUAUGUUAGCCAUUACAGGCAUAAACAUCUUCUGUAUAUACCUAUGUGCCUCAUGCAUCUUCUUUCAAUACCUCUUUUUAGACCAUUCUCUGUAGGAAAGGUGAUCUUAAUUGACUCACUGUUGCUGUCUGCUUCAUUGCAUUUGGUGUUUUCCAGUGAAAGGCAGAUUCAGAACAUAAGCUAGCUGCAGGUUUAACAGUGUGGGAUUCAGCCCACAGUUGGCACAAGUUCAGAUGCAGUAUGUUAAGUGCCUCCAGCCUGCUUAAAGUCACAGAAAUUACCAUGAGCCCUCAGACUAGAAAUUUAUAUAUUAAUUAAUUUUUUACUUGGACUUUGAUUGCAGUGAUAUCAUAUUUUUAAGUGAGUACACUCAUCUGUGAGUGUCUGUAGAGUAAAGGUGUUGAAGUGAUUUGGUUCUCAGUUGCAGAUUGGAAAACCCUGUUGGCAUUCUGCAUCUUUCCAGUCUUGGUACACCUUUGUUGUAGGAAGACCAUUAUUCAAAUUAAGAUUGUUUAAUGAGAGAUAGCAAUUAAUAAUUUCCGUGUGAAUUUUAAGAAGCUAAUAAAGGUUCAGAGCUCUGUGUACAUGUGUGUACGUCUGUGUAUGGGAGUAUGGCAUUCUGUAUUUUUCAGUUAACAAAUUGUUAGGAAGAAAUUAAAUCAACUGUUAAGAAAAUAUUAAAUCGACUAAUAUGUGUAUGAAAGGAGCCAUCUUUCUGAUUGUUAAUUUUGUGUCCAGUUGAUAGAUUUUUGUGAGGUUGUUUAUUAAACAUUAUCCUGUUUUGGUUGUAAUGGCUUGAGAAUUUUUAGUGAUACUAACAUAAAAGACUUUUAGAUAUUAUUUUUUCACUACAGAAAAAGAAAAUGCUACAAAUGUUGAAUACCUGCUGGUAUUCAGGUAAGUGUCUCCAUUAACUGUUUGGGUAAGUCCCCUACUGGAAUAGUCACUUUUCACCACAUGCCAUUGUCACACAGUUUUAGCUGAAUCCCGAAUUUUACAGGUCCUCUUCUAAGUUUAGAACUUCUCUGUUAUGUUACAGACUAUGUUUGUCACAGAGUCUGAAUCUAAAGAGUGUUGUUCUGCCCUAGGCUGGGUUACAUUCUGAUUACGUUCUAUUUUUUCACACAGAUUUCGGUUCCAUAAAUACACAUCUCAAACUUCUCUCAUGUCCAUAAGCAGGCUGGUGUGGUGUGUAUUCUUGUCAUCUCCAAGUGAUAGAAGGGAUAAUAACAUAAGUAUUAUAUUGGCAAAUCAUCCAGGCCACCUUCUGUAAGCUUUAUAUUAACAGCUAGUGAUCAUCAGCCUGUGUCUCACUACGCCUUUAUUCAUACACACAGAUAGCUCUGUCAUUAGCAUAACAUUUAAUCCUUGUCCUGUUAGUUAAAGAGACACAUAUACUUCAAGUUUUGUGAUAAAAUUCAUAGAAAUAUAACUAGAACAUAAAAUUCUAUGACAAUAUAUAGCCAAAGCAUGUCUUUCCAUUGAGGUUAGUUUUCUCUGUAACCAUCAACCAUGGCCCAAUCCAAUUGUUUUCUUUUCCAGCUCACAGUGACACAGAACACAGCACAUUGUAACUACAGGAACAGACUGGACUGUGAAAGAUCUCUGUCGGGCAUCACAGAGAAUUUGAGGCAACUGGCAGUUAUCAACUGAAGCAGUCAGCCAGUAGAACUGUACAAGCUAAAUAGAUAAUUGAAAAGCAAUCUGGAAACCGGGGAGAGAUAAUAAGCCUCUCUUCUAGAAGGGAGUAACAACUCAGGUAGGUCACUCAACUCAACAAUGAACUCAACUCCCAGAUCAGUGCUUUGCCUAAUAACACUGAAAAUACAGCAGCAGUUCAUACCUGUGAGUUCUGAAGUAGUAUUGAAAUUCUUGUUGGAAAGGCAGUUUGGCAUAUUCAGCUGUACAAAUUAUUAUCGCAAUAGAGUGAAGAAGGAUUGUACUGCUGAAAUACAGAUGACCAAAAUCCCAGGAGCAGCAAGGCCCUUUGUUAAAUUACAGUUGCCAAAAUAGAAAACUAGUUGCACAUAUUUUUUUGCCAUCUAUGCUACUUUGUUUAUACUGCCGUGCAACCCGUAGUAUCCCUGCCACACUGACCAUGGGUGUCUGUGAGGCAAGUGACUUCUUUUUUUGUGUAAUUUAUAUUUAUAUGGAUAUAAUGGAUUUUUUUUUGUUUUAUUUACCAUGAGCACAGAGAAGGGAGGGAAAAGGUCAAUGUCUGUGAGUAAAAUAAUGUGUUGAUCUUAGUAGCUGCAUUUUAAAAGAGUCCUAAAGAGUCUAACUUUCUGUUCAAGUUGCUCUUACAAUUCUCAAAAUUCUGACUAUAGAAAGUGUGAAAUCUUGCAUGAACAUGCAAGAAAACUGAUAAAAUUUGGUAACUCCUCUUGCUAGAUUCUGAUCUCUUGUAGAACUAUAUUGAUUGUAGGGAAAGAGCAUGAGAUAUUUUUGUGAGAGUGGGCACAGAAAAUAAGUUUUUGGCCUUUUACAAAAAAGGAAGUAUCAUCUUUCCAUCAGAGAAGUGCUUGAACUGAUCCACUGACAUCUGUUUAUUUUGUUAAACCACUCAGGUGGAUCAUAGGAAAUAACUGAUGCCAGUGUAAUAUGAAUUCUUGUGUAGCUGAACAAAACAAACAAACAAACAAACAAAAAACCCCAAACAACAUACACAACAAAACAACACGAGAACCAAACCAAACCAAAACAAAACAAAAUGAAGACUUUUGCUUCUCAAUUUAUUUUGAAAGAUGCUUUUAAAAAUCUCUCUCCAAAAAUUCUGUGUAAAAAAUUCUGUCCAUUUACACUGAAAGAACAUAGAGCAAAACACAUGCAUCAACGUUUUUUACUAUAUUAUUUGCUACAAUUACAGUGGCAGUUACAGUAUUAGUUGCUACAGUACAGUAGCUAGGAAAGCAGCAAUAGUAAAUUCACAAAAUCCAUUAACAAAUAUUUGCAUGUGUCCAUGUUGCUGGUUCCAGGAUUAAUGUGAUUAAUUUGAACAGUCUGUGUAAAUCUUAAAAAGUAACUGGUGUUUUUAUGUUUUAGGUAUUGUUCUAAUAUGUGUUUUACUAUGGUAGUGGGAUGAAUUAGUUGUGCGCAUAUGUAUAUUCUGCUUCUAUGUAUUGACUGUUGAGGAUGUUUUCCUUUCAUAUCUCAUUCUGUAACUGCUAAAUAAAAAAAAUUGCAAAGUUUUAAAGUUUACAAAUGCAUGAAAAGAGCACGUUUGCUAUUUUGAGGCCUGAAUCAUCUUUCCAUUAUAAUCCUAGUGAUAGACUUUGGUCAGCCUAGAGCCAUUUUUUAUAUCAGUUUUUUAGUUUAGAUGCAAGUGUACAAUUGUAAAUUGCCAUUGUGUUGUAAGAUAUGCCUAACUUCAAUAGAUUACAAAACUUCUAAGGUAACAGGAGAAUUUCCUUUCUGACUUACUUGUUUUUAUUUUCUUUUAAAAGAUAAAAUAGCCAAAAAAUUGCUCUUUAGAUAAAAUUCCAGAAUCUGCAUAUUUAGAUAUGUAUUAUAUAAGAAUCCAAUAUAGCAAUAAUUAUAAUCUAAAAAGACAUUGGCAUCAUGCUGUUGUAAACAGUGCAAAUAAUACUUAGAAUAAUAUGCAGAGUCAGAAGUAAGAAAGCAUCAUUCAGAGGGAAGUAUCCUUAUAAUUAGGAUAGAAACAGAUCUAUUUUUCUUUAUUCUCUCCCUUGUGAAGCCUUUUAGUAUUUCAGUCUUUUUCUGUGCUGUGCUCCAGACUCAACAGGAAAAGUGAAGAAUAAAUAGUUCAGCUCAGGCUCACACUGUAUAGCUGAGAUUUAGGUUCUACCGUAGGAGGUCUGAACAGGGGAAGUUCUUAGAAACUCUUAGUGCACAAGCUAAUUGUGCAUGAAGGGAGAGAGCCUUCAUUAUCUGGUUGUGCUGAAAUAUGGUGUCAUUGCUCUAAAUCUCAGGGGGUGAAGAUGUCACAUGACUUAGAUUAACUGUUCAGACAAAUAUCAUGUCUGAGUGUUUCCAAAGCUCUUUCCUCUACCAUCAGGAAAAACGAAAAGGCUUCCCCCUAAGGGAUUCUCAAUUUCAUCAUGGAGGCACUUAAAUCCCUGCUUGAGAACUGCCUAAGGAACUACAUGCAAACCCUCCUGCAGCUAUAAUAAUCUGAAUAAGGCCCUUGAGCAUAGAUAGGUUUGCAGAAAUGUUAAGCAUCAAUAAGCAUACUCUGAUGGGAUCAUAUUCUGCAGUCAAGGUAACACGACAAUCCAACUUCUAAACAGGUUCACAGAACAUAGUGAACUUUUUGAAUACCAUAAGUACAUUGAACUAAUCUUCAGUAUUUCACUUGUUAUUCAUUGUGAUGAAAGCACUGGAGUAUAUGAUCAAAAUCAUACAUUAAGAGCUUUCACUUUGUUUACUUGGCAACUCACUUCUGGGAUAAUAACAUUUUUACAGAGUGGGUAAAACCUUAGAAAUAGAAGUAUGAUUGGAAUACUAGUGUUUGACAUGCUUCAAAACUGUAAAAAUCAUCAGUAUAUAAUGUAUUUACUUUCUUGAUUGAUUAGGUCAAAAAUGUGCAUCUACAUUUUGGGGAACAGAUACCAAAAAAGUUUUUCUCCUAAUGCACAAAUCAAUAGCAGGAGACUUUUGAAGAAGAAAACACACAAUAUUCACAUGUGUUUUUCUAAAGUCUACUAUAAGGAAGCAGAAAUCAACUUUCCAUUUAAGGAAUGUCUCAGAUUGCUAAUCCAAACCCUGUUAUCCCAGCAAAUGGCAAUGGCAUUUUGUUUGAAGGUAUUCACAUAUGUCCUCUUACUUUUUAGUGAUUUUCUUGUUCUUUAACAAUAAGGCCUGAUGUAACUUCCACUGGUGCCCCAGGAUCACACUGUUUUGUUUUGUUUAUUCCACAAUUUUCCAUUUCUUUUUUCCCAUUUACAUUCUUUUGUCAGUCAUUGUCUCAUUGUCAGUAAUGUCAUUGGAUGCACAAGUCUGAUACUGAAUUGGUAUUCAAAUAUCUACUUCUUAUCAAAUAGCUUGAAUUCUGGAACAUUUUACUGUGGUCUAGGCUGAGACUUAGGUGCAGAUUGAGACAUCUUAGGCAUCUAUAUGGAAGAGCUCAGGUGUAAACUAUAUGUGUAAACUCUUGCUCUAGAGAAGAGUCAAUGCAACCUGUGGACCAAUCUUGGUGCCUUGUCUGCUGAUGAACUGCUUUGCAGAUGUUUCAGAGGGAACAGAAUUGUUCUCCAAGCUCCAUUUGAACACAGACAAAAAUUAUAGCAUCAUGAGAAAUGUACUGUCAGUUUCUGUCUUGCAGCUCUCUACAGGAUGAAAUUCCCAGAAACUGGAAAAAUACAUUUAAAAUACAUAUUUUAAUCACUAAGUUCCUGACAAAAUUAGUGAAAAGAACUUUCUACCAAAGAUAAAUCAGGAGUCCGUAAAAUUGUUGGAUCUUCGCUUGUCAUUUGCUGUAACUCGUGCACGUCAUACAACAGUACCCAAAGCUAUUGGCCAGGUAAAGCAAUCUGGAUAUCUUUGUGUGCUUUUGUUCUGAAAAUGUGUAUCAAUGUACAUCUUGGAUCUCUUUGGCUUCUUCAAUGCAUUUAGGAUAUUAAUAGGAUUAUUUGAGUUGGUAACCUGAAAUAAUCUGACACUGCAUUUAUUGAUGCAGAAGAUUAUUCUGAAAUUUGUGUCCAAAUGUCUUAUUUACUUUACAGUUCUUAUGAAUAAAAUACUUUGCUUUAAACAUA